AUGGAAGAUCACGAGCAGUCUCGAAAUGCUUGGAUCACUAAAGAUGAUCCGAAGUUGGUAUCGGGUAAACAUAAAGAUAUGUUUGAUGAUAUAUUAGAUGAUAGAAGACAUUCCAGUGAUUUCAGAUGGUUUACUAGAUCCCGAGAUGUACCCAAUUUUAAACUGAAUAAACCACGAUCACCAGAUGAGAUUAAAGAACAUGUAAUGAACAGUGAUAGAGUUAAAUAUGCCAUUGAACAGGUCUGUAAAGAAAGCAAUCUACCAUUAUCUGAAGUCACUAUUCAAGCUAAAUCUAUCCUGGACGAAAUGGCGCAUAAUUUACGUCUAGGAGCUGUCAGAUCAUUCGCCUAUUUUCUGAUUAAAGCUAUGAAGAAAUUAUUUAAAAGAAUAUAUGUAAAUGAUGAAGGUGUACAGAAGGUUCGUGAGAUAAUCAAAGACUACCCAGUACUAGUUAUGCCUACUCACAGGAGUUAUUUAGAUUUUUUAUUAGUUUCCUUUAUAUUCUAUAAUUAUGAUCUUCCUCUACCAGCUAUAGCUGCUGCCAUGGAUUUUAUGGGUAUGAAAUUCUUUGGAUGGUUAUUAAGAAAUUGUGGAGCGUUUUAUAUCCGAAGAAGUUUUGGUGAUGAUCAGUUAUAUUGGGCUGUAUUUACCGAAUACGUUCAAACACAGAUAGCUAACGGUGAUAAUCCUGUAUCGUUCUAUGUUGAAGGAACGAGGAGUAGAACACAGAAAUCAUAUGCACCACGAUUAGGAAUGUUACAAGCAUCAUUAGAAACAUAUUUUAAAUCUCAUACACCAGAUAUAAUGAUAAUACCUAUCAGUAUAAGCUAUGAUAGAGUGUUAGAAGAAAGUCUUUAUGCGUAUGAAUUAUUAGGUGUACCUAAACCUAAAGAAUCUACUUCAGGAUUAUUAAAAGCAAGAAGUAUACUUCAGGAAGAUUUUGGAUGUGUUCACAUGUUUUUUGGUGAUCCUAUUUCUAUAAGACAAUAUUCUGAUGGUAAAGUUGAUAGAAGUUCACAUAAUUUAGCUCCCAGAUAUAUAGCUAGUCUGUCACAAGAAGAACAAGAAUUAAUCAGAAGUUUAAGUCAUCAUAUUAUAUUAAAACAUCAGAAGAACAUGGUUAUCUCCCCCUGGUCAUUGAUUGCUAGUAUUUUAGUACAGUGUAAAGAAGGUAUCACUAUAUCACAGUUAAUAAAAGAAGUAGAAUGGCUCAAAAGACAAGCCUCUAGUAUUGGUGGAUAUAUUGACUGGCCUGGUAAUGAAACUGCUGAAGCUGUUACCAGACAUAGUAUAGCAUUACACAGUAAUAUAGUACGAGUUAGUGAGGAAGAUAUAGUAGAGUUAUUACAUAUACCAAGGGUAUCUACCAAUAAAACAGACCCAUUAUUUCAGACUGCAGCUCAACAUAUAAUGUUAUCACUGUAUCGUAAUCAAUUGAUGCAUAUCUUCGCUAGAGUUGCAAUUAUAUCUAGUAUAUUAAACGGCUGUAGAGAGUCCACAUUGUCAAUAGAUGAUCUGUAUACAAGUUACACAUUUCUAGAGACUUUGUUAAACAGAGAUUUUAUAUUUCAACCAGGGCAUUCUAAAAUAGAUUUUGAACAGGCAUUAUUAACUCUGACCCAUAGUUGUGGUGUAAUAGUUGAAAAUAAACAGGUUUUAGUGGAGAAAUCUGUAAAUAAACAUACUACUUACUUUAGUCAGAUGUUUGAACCUUUCUUAAUAGGUUAUUGGAUUCUGUGUCGUUAUUUAUUAUCAAUGGAUCCUAAUGUUCAUGGUAAACCAUUAUCUAAACCUCCAAAAUCUAUUAUAAAAGAUGCCCAGUCAUUGAGUGCUAGAUUAAUAACUGAAGGUGUGAUACGACAUUAUGAAGUUCUCUCUCUAGACAUGAUGAACAAUGCUUUGAACUCUUUUUAUUUUAUGGGUGCUGUAAGAAAAGAAAAAAGAGAUGGUAUAACCUAUAUGUAUCCAAGUAUGACACCUCUAUCACAAAUUACACAGCAACUAGUAAAAUGUGUAGAUGUUCCACCAUUACCCAGUGUUAGUAUUAAUGUUGAUGCUAAAACAGUGACAGUAAAUGCCAAAUUAUAA